UCAGAUAUAUGUAUAUGUAUGUACCUAUAACAAAGAAUCAGGAAACAUUGAGAAAUAAUCGAUUCAAGUGCUGAUUAGAUUUGUGGAAACAGGCACGUAAAUACACGAGAUGGACCUGGCCUUUCAAUGUGCAAGUUACGAUUAUAAGUAUAGAUUGAAAGCUUUUUCGGAAGUGAAAAAAAGUAUCAGGCAGAGCAAGCAUAUGGCGGUGAAUUUCCGAAGUCGGAGUAAGCCACGCAGUGUUUUGUUUUACAUUGAAUUUCUGUUCCAGACACAUCAAAUCACCAGAUUUACUACGGCUCUGAUUAUUUUGCUGGUACCUAUAGUGAUAUUCGUUUCCUAUGUUGAAUUCAACGCGGAUUCUUUGAUAGAACCGAUACAUUUUAGAAGCGGACUUGCAUUACAGAGAAAAUUACUCAUAAACACCACGCACUGUAAAAUACCAGAUCUAGAACCCUUCAACAAUGACGUGCUGGCUUUCGUAACGAGAGAACCAUACGAACCAUGCUCCGAUAAGCCACUGUUGACGUACACUGAAAGAACUACCGAUGGUGGAGUGAAAAUAAAAGUGAACCAAUCCGCCAUUGGUUUUUACAGCAGUUUCCCGGUAAAAUGUUGCUACUCGCGCGUGCUAAGGCGGGAUGGGGACUCCAGUGUGACGCACAGCGAAUGCGAAGACUUCCAACUGGAAGCGACGCUCACGGUUCCAAGCAUUCGAGUGACUUGCCGCACAAUUUUUGGAGUGGUUUACCAAAAUGUCCAUGCUGUGAUAAUUGCCAAAGACUUGGCAAGAGAUUUUCCGCAAACCACCGAGAAAAAAUGGAAAGUCGUGCUGUUGGGUUUUGACAGCAUUUCCAGGCUGAACCUGCAACGUUCAAUGCCUCGAGUUUUCGCCCAUUUAGAAAGGAAUUUUAUCGGUUUGAAGGGAUUCAACAAAAUUGAGGACAACACGUUUCCCAACCUCAUGGCCACCUUAACUGGCCGGAGUAUGCACACUUUGGAGCCGGACUGCACACGGAACGCGUCCUUCGAUAAAUGUGAUAUUAUUUGGAGAGACUUCAGCGACAACGGAUUCCUCACCGCCUAUGGAGAGGAUGAGCCAUACCUCAACACCUUUAACUUCUGCAAAAAAGGAUUUUUGCGCCCGCCCACCACUGUGUAUUUGCGGCCGUACUUUAUCUCCGCAUACCUGCUGCCAAUGAUUUACAAGCACACCAUGGGCGUGUGUACGGGGCCGGAAAACACUGCGGCCCGCAUGUUCAAUGCGGCCAUCGACAUGCUCUCUACAUUCAAGGAUCGUAACUUGUUCCUCGUUUAUUGGCUGAACAGCUUCAGUCACGACAACGUGAACUUUCCCUCCACCAUGGAUGGAAAAGUGCUGGAAUUCCUGCACCAUCCCACCAUCACGGAGGCGAUCGAGGAUUCGAUUUUCUUUAUUUUCAGCGACCACGGGUUUCGCUUCGGGGAUAUUCGAUUUACGUAUUCCGGCUGGUUGGAAGAACGCCUGCCCUUUCUCUACGUCAAUUUUCCCAAGCUUUUCAAGCGCGACUAUCCAGAGUUGGUGGCGAAUUUCCAAUUCAAUGCACAGCAUCGUCUGAUCACUCCCUAUGACUUUCACAUGACUCUUCAGAAUCUUUUAAAGCUCUCCAAUAGUAGUUUUAGCGUUAAGCCUAGUCUAGGAUGCCCCAAGUGCAAAUCACUGUUCGAGUUGGUCGACAAAGAGCGAACCUGUGAAGAUGCAGGUAUUCCUCAGCAUUGGUGCACCUGCCAGGGUUAUUCCCGGUUAUCCCCCCAAAGCCCCGAGGCGGUCAAAGUGGGGUACUUUGUGAUCGAAGAAGUCAACCGGUUGAUCAGCGGGUUUAGCGAAGCACACAAGUGUGCGACGUACGAACUGAACGCUGUUGAAACUGUUGGCCGCUCUGAUUCUGUGGAAGGAACCGACUUCAAAGGAUACUUGAUAUUAGUGCGGAGUUAUCCUUAUGCGAUGUUUGAGGCCACGGUAGCCAGGAAAGGCGGAGGCUUCGAGCUUUUAGGGCAAAUUAGCCGACUGAACCGAUAUGGGGCCUACAGCAGCUGCAUUGAUCACGACGUGCUGAGGAAGUACUGCUUUUGCGACCAAUGGUCAACGAAAGUCUUCAGCCGCAUUUGCUACUUGUUUAAGUGCCCGAUUCUUUGAAAAUAUACUCACGUUGUUAUUCACG